AGAGUCAAGGAGCGAGGCGUGGCAUCAUCAAACAGCCUCUCUGAGGUGGGAUGAACAGAACAGGGAGAGUUGAGGGAUGAUAAAACCCAUCAACCCCAGGUAAUCAGUUCACAGGUUUAGAACUGGGCACCAUGCAGAGAUCUCCUAUAGAACAAGCUAACUUUCUCUCCAAACUUUUAUUCUGCUGGCCUCGACCAAUAUUGACCAAAGGCUACAGACAGAAAUUAGAAUUAUCAGACAUCUAUCAGGUUCCUUCUGAUGACACAGCAGACAAUCUUUCUGAAAAACUGGAAAGAGAAUGGGACAGAGAAAUAGCAACUUCCAAGAAAAACCCCAAACUUAUUAACGCUCUCCGGCGAUGCUUUUUCUGGAGGUUUCUUUUAUAUGGAAUACUGUUACAAUUAGGGGAAUUGACAAAGGCUGUGCAGCCUCUUUUUUUAGGAAGAAUUAUUGCCUCCUACGAUCCAGAUAAUGAAAAAGAACGCGAAAUAGCAAUCUAUGUGGCAAUUGGUCUUUGUUUGUUAUUCACUGUACGGACGUUACUUCUUCAUCCUGCCAUAUUUGGUCUUCAUCACAUAGGAAUGCAGAUGAGAAUAGCCAUGUUUAGCCUUCUGUAUAAAAAGACACUGAAACUGUCAAGCAGAGUGCUGGACAAAAUUAGCACUGGACAACUGGUCAGUCUACUUUCAAAUAACCUUAACAAAUUUGAUGAGGGUCUAGCAAUAGUUCACUAUGUGUGGAUUGGACCAGUUCAAACUAUAGUUCUGAUGGGUUUACUAUGGGACCUUUUGAAGUAUUCAUGUUUUUAUGGUCUUGCAUUCCUUGUUCUUCUUGCCCCUUUCCAAGCAUGGCUGAGCCGAAAGAUGACACAGCACAGAGAUAAAAAAGCAGGAAAAACCAAUGAAAGGCUUGUGAUCACCUCGGAAAUUAUUGACAACAUUCAGUCUGUGAAAGCCUAUUGCUGGGAAGAUGCAAUGGAGAAAAUUAUUGAAGCAUUAAGACAAGUGGAGCUGAAAUUCACCCGAAAGGCUGUCUAUUGCCGAUAUUUAAAUACUGCAGCUUUCUACUUCUCUGGAUUUUUUGUUGUAACUUUAUCAGUUCUCCCCUUGAUAUUUACUGAAGGAACAGGACUACGCAAAAUAUUUACUGCAAUCAACUUCACGAUUACACUUCGUAUGGCAGUCACUAGACAAUUUCCAGGUGCUAUACAGACAUGUUAUGACUCCCUGGGAACUAUACGUAAAAUACAGGAUUUUUUACGAAAAGAAGAAUAUACAACUCCGGAAUACAAUCUUUCAGCAAAAGGUCUGGAGCUUGUGAAUGUCACAGCUUCUUGGGACGAGAGUAUUGGAGAGUUGUUUGGAAAAGUAAGCCUGGAAGAAAACGGUAGACAAAUGUCCAAUGGAGAUGCAGCUGGAUUCUUUAACAAUUUUUCCCUUCGAGUCACUCCUGUUCUUCAAGACAUUGACUUCAAAAUUGAGAAAGGACAGCUUUUAACUGUAGCAGGAUCAAUUGGCUCUGGCAAGAGUUCUCUGCUGAUGAUGAUUAUGGGGGAGUUGGAACCAUCUGAAGGUAAAAUAAGACACAGUGGAAGAAUAUCCUUCUGUCCACAGGCUCCCUGGAUCAUGCCUGGAACAAUUAAAGAGAAUAUAACAUUUGGGCUUCCUUAUGAUGUACAAAAAUACAAAAAUGUCAUUAAAGCAUGUCAGCUAGAAGAGGAUAUUGCUGUACUUCCUGAUAAUGACAAGACAGUUGUUGCAGAAGGAGGAGUCACACUUAGUGGAGGACAAAGGGCUCGGAUCUCCUUUGCAAGAGCAGUUUACAAAGAUGCCGAUGUUUAUCUCUUCGAUUCUCCUUUUAGUUAUUUGGACAUAAGUACAGAAAAAGAAAUAUUUGAAAGGUGUGUCUGCAAGAUGAUGUCUGACAAAACCCGAAUCCUAGUGACAUCCAAGAUGGAACACUUAAAGAAGGCAGACAAGAUCCUACUUCUUCAUGAGGGCAGUAUUUAUUUUUAUGGUACUUUUUCUGAGCUCCAGGCUAAAAAGCCUGAUUUCAGUACCCUGCUUCUUGGUUUUGAAGCUUAUGACAAUUUCAAUGCAGAAAGAAGGAAUUCCAUUCUAACUGAGACAUUCAGACGUCUUUCUAUAGAUGGAGAUGCAGGAAAUAUGCGCAAUGAUCAGAAAAAAGUUUCUUUUAAACCACCACCUGAUUUUACAGAAAAAAGAAAAGGUUCUCUUAUAAUGAACUCUCUGGGUUCUACUAAGCGGGUCUCAGUACUACAACCACCUGCAUCAUCUACUUUAAGCGGAACAGAAGAAAAUCUCAGUGAAACAGAAGAAAGGAGGCUUUCCUUAAUUCCUGAGGCAGAACAGGGAGAAGCUGCAUUGCCACGCAGUGACGUUAUGCCUAGAGGCCCUACAUUUCGAAGGCAAAGAAGACAGUCAGUGCUACAGCUGAUGACAGGAUCUUCAGCUGCCAACAACCAAGACUUACGCAGGCGUCGCAGUACAUCGAUCCGCAAAAUGUCAGUCGGUCCUCACGCCACAUUGAUUUCUGAAAUAGAAAUUUAUGGCAGACGAAUGUCUAAAGACAGCUAUAUAGAAAUUAGUGAAGACAUUAAUGAAGAAGAUCUAAAGGAAUGCUUUAUUGAUGAUGAAGUUGGCCAUGAAUUUACCACAUGGGGUACAUAUCUAAGAUAUGUCACAGUUCAUAGAAGAUUUGUAGCUGUUUUGGUUCUUUGUGUAAUUAUUUUCCUAUUAGAGGUUGCUGCCUCACUUGCUGGAGUAUUGCUGAUUAAAAAACAUGUGAACACCACUGAUGACAGUGUAUCUAACCCAAAUGCAACCAAACCGAUAAUAGUCACUGAGACCAGUACUUACUACAUAUUUUACAUCUAUGCUGCACUUUCAGACAGUUUUCUUGCAAUGGGAGUAAUCCGAGGAAUUCCCCUGGUUCAUACACUUGUAACUAUCUCCAAGAUGUUGCAUAAAAAGAUGCUGUAUGCAGUUUUACAUGCACCAAUGGCUACUCUGAACACAAUGAAAACAGGUCGAAUCCUGAACCGAUUUUCUAAAGAUAUUGCCAUUCUGGAUGACAUGCUGCCACUGACAAUUUUUGAUUUUAUACAGCUGUUUUUCAUUGUUGCGGGUGCCAUCACUGUGGUGUCUGUGCUACGUCCCUACAUAUUUUUGGCUGCAGUACCUGUGACAGUCAUCUUCAUUGUGCUUCGUUCAUACUUUCUUCGUUCAGCACAACAACUGAAGCAACUUGAAUCGGAAGCUCGUAGCCCAAUAUUCACCCAUCUCAUCACGACUUUGAAAGGGCUGUGGACUGUAAGAGCUUUUGGAAGACAAGCUUACUUUGAAACUUUGUUUCAUAAAGCUCUCAAUCUACACACAGCGAACUGGUUUCUUUACCUGUCAGCUCUGCGUUGGUUUCAAAUGAGGAUUGACAUUGUAUUUGUUGUAUUCUUCAGUGCAGUGACAUUCAUCUCUGUCCUAACUACAGGUGAUGGUGAAGGAAAGGUGGGAAUCAUUUUAACUCUAGCAAUGAACAUUAUGGGCUUUUUACAAGCAGUGAUCAAUUCAAGCAUUGAUUUGGACAGCCUGAUGCGAUCUGUGCAUAGAAUCUUUAAAUUCAUUGACUUAACAGCAGAAGACCACAGUUCCAAGGGAGCUCCUCCAUCUGAGAAGGAAUUAGACAUCUAUGUCAUUGAAAACCCAGACACUAAGAAAGACUGGCCAUCAGGAGGACAGCUGUAUAUCAGAAACCUCACGGCAAAGUACACAGAUGAUGGAAGAUCUGUGCUGGAAAAUGUGUCAUUUUCCAUUAAUGCUGGUCAGAGGGUUGGACUGCUGGGAAGAUCUGGAUCAGGGAAGAGUACCUUGCUUUUUGCUUUAUUACGCCUGGUAUCUGCAAAGGGUGAUAUUAUGAUUGAUGGAGUAUCUUGGAAUAAAGUUCCCUUGCAACAGUGGAGAAAAGCAUUUGGAGUUAUACCACAGAAAGUUUUUAUAUUUACUGGAACAUUUCGCAAGAACCUAGAUCCAAACGGAGAGUGGAGUGAUGAGGAAAUAUGGAAAGUCACAGAACAAGUUGGAUUGAAGUCUGUGAUUGAACAGUUUCCUGAUAAACUUGAUUUCAUUCUGUUGGACGAGGGUUAUGUUCUGAGUAAUGGGCAUAGGCAGCUGCUGUGUUUGGCAAGAUCCAUACUCAGUAAAGCAAAAAUCUUACUCCUUGACGAACCAAGUGCUCACCUGGAUCCUAUAACAUUUCAGUUUUUAAGAAAAACACUAAAAUAUGCGCUGGCAGACUGUACUGUCAUACUUUCAGAGCACAAAGUUGAAGCAAUGAUGGAAUGCCAGCAGUUUUUGGUUAUAGAAAAUAAACGGGUACAAUGUCAUGAUUCCAUUCAGAAGCUUUUAAAUGAAACCAGUUUCCUCAAGCAAGCCAUUAGUCAGGCAGAGCGUCUUAAACUGUUUCCAGUGCACCGCAGAAACUCAAGUAAGCGAAAAGGUCGGCCUGCUAUCUCAGCUCUGCAGGAGGAAACAGAGGAAGAGGCACAAGAAACAAGACUCUGAUGAAGCAUCGGCUACAAUUAAACUCUGAAGAUUAGUUCUCACAUUUGAAAUGGAGCUUUUACAUCUUAAUUUGUGACUUUGGACUGAAAUAGUUGAGACAUUUAAUCUUUGCAAAGCCGUGAAGUUCCUUUCCAGGAUGGAGCUGCACAACAAAUGGACUGCCUUUUGAAAGUGGGAUAACUUUUUCUCAUUCCAAGCGAUUACUUCAUGAUUUCCUCAGAUUGAACAGGACUUCUUCUGAUAGGGUAGACAAGGAAGGAUGUUGCGCAAGUAUGAGAAAAUAAGUCAAAAUUGGGAUAUUGACAAAUUUUAUGUUCAGAAAGGUUUACUGAAUCUGAACACAGGCAGAUUUCUAUUUUUUCAGACUUCCCUGUUUGCCUUUUCUGCAACUUUUAAUCCACUUAUUUCCAAUGAACAGUUUUCUAGUUUAUGCAAUUUAUUUAUUGACAUUUGGAUGCGUUGUAAAGAAAAUAUAUUUUCAUGAUGAUUUUCAUGCACUGUACACAUUGCCUUCUACAACCUAAACUUUGUUUUUAAAUAUUUGAAAUGUUACAAACUUUCAAAUGCUUAUAAAAUCUUUACUGCCAAAACAAUUGUUGUAAGAGAAUACUUGGUACUGGAAAAUGUGUUUUUGUAAUGUAAAAAGUAAAUUAAAAAUGUAUUACAUAUAUUUUAUGAUUGUCCGCCAGUGCAAACAAUUUGAAGUUUAAACAGAAUGCUACAAGACAUGCAUGCUUUUUUCAAGUAAUGCAUUUCCUUCUAAAGAAUGUUCUCUUUUGUUUAUACACUGUGUCUACAUAAAACUGUUCCUUUCAUACUAGUUAUUGUUCUUCACUCUUAGACUUUUGCAAAUCGUUUCCAGGCCUGAAGAAGAAUGACCUUCAUCCUGGCAUGGUUGGAAGCCCUUGAGGACUGUGACAUAUGCUAUGACACUGGAAGUGUCACUUCCAAGUAUUCUGUAUUGUCACAUGAAUGAGAUAUCAUUUAGUGAUACAUUCUUGUACAUCCAACUGGAUGAUUCCUAAGAACAUGCUUGUGAGAGGAGAAUUAUGCAUUGAACCUUAGACCUCCCUAUAGCCAGCUCCAAUUAACCUUAUCAGUUCCUGAACCUUGCAAUUUUUCCAUCAACACUAACAAGUUAAGAGUGGAAACAUGGAUGUGAAUCAAUUUUUGGCACAGUUGACUGAUGCAAAUGUGUUUCAUUCAUGUCACCUGGGUUUAUGAUGCACAUAUGAAAUUUUAAAAUAACCUGUAAUACAGACCAUGGAUAUGCAUAAUUUAUGUAGGAAUAGACUAAGCACAUAUUUGAGUCAUCGAUCUGCAAGUAAAUAUCAGCAGAUAACAUUGUCUGUACAUUUUCAUUCAUGGGCAUUUGUCAUGGGUACAUAUUCAUCUUGAAUGUAUGAAACUCCUCCUGUGUUAAGCUGUGAACAUUAAAAUAAACAUUUGAAUUUGA